GACUGUUCUGCACAAGGCUCUCUGACAUCCAGCUACAUCUGGCUGAGGUGUGUUCUUGUACCUCCUGCCCUACGUAUCCACCGUCGCAAAUUAGGAAUUCUAUGCCUGGGAAGCUCAUGUGUGUCUCGCCAUCCACCAUUCGCGGCGAGACAGCUUUGGUGGAACAGCCAUGUGUCACGCCAGACUUUUGUGUGAAGUUUGCUAUGGCUCGACACCGCACUCCUGUGAACCCAGGCCUUGAAGGGCAUCAGCAACUCACAUUCUGGGUCCUUCUCUCUCCACACUUCAAGCUCUCUAACCUGUGGGUGCUCCGAAGUAGGAGGCAUCCCUUGGUCAAUUGGAGGGAUCUCCAUUCGGGAAUCCAACUCGGGAAUCCAACUGACAUCUGUACAGCCGGACCGGCCAA